CUCAGAUUCUACAUCGUGGCAGUAGCCGCGCCACUCUCCUUCUUGUACCAUGAACAAAAGACGGAGGAUAUCGUUGCUACCGUCGAAGCUGGCAUCGACCUCCUCGGAAUCAGUCAAAGAUAUCCCAGCCGGCAGUUUCGUAUGCAUUGCUUGUAAUCGUACAAUUACCACGCGUACGUCGUGUGCAAUAUUAUGCUCAAGAUGUGGUUCCCCGACAUGCGUGAUAUGUUCCCGAAAAUGUACUGCACACCGUCCACCUUUGCCCUCACCGUCAGCAUCUCUGUCACCGUCUCGGUCGGCCCUAGCACUCAAUGCGCCCAACACGAAUUUGAUGAUAGUAACGACUACGAAUCUGCCUACAUCCCCUCCGGCGCAAUCCCAUAAAAGGAAGAAGACUACUGACGGCGACACUGAAGUCCCUGGCAAAUCGGUGUCCAGUAAGGACGGCGAUGGCGAGGAGGAGGUGACAAGCUGCGGGAGAGUAGUAUGUCGGAACUGCUGCAUAGAAAACGUUCAGAGCGAAAUAACCACCUGCCUUGACUGUUUUGAAUUCCACUCCAGCUAAUGCAUGGAAUUCUCUGUUUAUUUUCAUGAUGAUCUACUUUCUCCACCUCUGCAUUCAUCAAGUUAUAUAUCAUGCAACCAUCCCCACUGUAUUGCCCUGUAUUCUUCUGCAAUAUCAACAUAUAUAAUAUGUGGCCUGCUUCAUCUCGAAUGUUCAAAACGCCUAGGCCUACUAGUUUUCUCGCGGAUUAUUGGACGUCGGUCACAUUGAAUGAUGGAGCCACGGAUUCACAACGCGUUUGGGCCUGGCUGCGCGUUCUCGUGUUCCGUCUCAGGUUUUCGGGUGUCUGUACAUCUUGGCAUCACUUCGACGUGUACUCAGUACAAGCGUCAAGGCCCGCACUAUAUUUGGUAAACC